UCUCCCUCUCCUCUCCCGAGUCUCUCUCCUCACUGCACCUGAAUCCUCUCUACUGACACCAUGGGCUGUGGUUGUGGUGGCUGUGGCGGCUGUGGCGACUGUUGCAGCUGCACCACCUGCAGAUGCUACCGGGUAGGCUGCUGUGGUGGUUGCUGUGGCUGCGGCGGCUGUGGCUGCUGUGGCUGCGGUGGCUGUGGCUGCGGCUGCGGUGGCUGUGGCUGUGGCGGCUGUGGCUGCGGUGGCUGUGGCUGUGGUGGCUGUGGCGGCUGUGGCUGUGGCGGCUGUGGCUGUGGCGGCUGUGGUGGCUGCUGUGGUUGCUGUGGAUGCUGCAAGCCUGUGGUAGUCUGCUGCUGCCGCCGCAGCUGCUGCAAUUCCUGUGGCUGUGGCUCCUGUGGCUGCGGCUGUGGCUGUGGCUGUGGGAAGGGCUGUUGUCAGCAGAAGUGCUGCUGCCAGCAGAAGUGUGGCUGCAAGAAGUGCUGCUGCUAGCAUGGCUACCAGGUCUCUGUUUCCCGGUCAUGGACACCAGGAAACGAGAGCCUUUCCUCAAACCUCCAGGCAGGAUUUACUGUCCUGGUAUGUCUCCCUGGCCUAUGACUUUGCUUCCAGAUUCUGGGCUCCUUUCUUUUCUACUUUGGUAUUUCUAACCUUCCUCUGAGGUGUUUGCUCUCCAAUAACAAAUAGCCACCCCCUGCAGAAGUCAUUCCACUGUUCUCCUUCAGAAUGUGGAAACAAGUACUUCUUGUUGUUUCUGCUUGAAGGACUCUUUCUUCCCUGUUUAUUUCCUGUCUCUACACCUUUUCUUUAUUUGUAAUUACCCAAUAUUAUUUUUGUUUUCUAAUAAAAUAGAAAUAA